ACGACAGGAGGACGGAAUUAUGCCGGGAUCGCGAAUGGAUUUGGGGAAAGCGCGAGUGACCAUGCCGUGAUCUUGCACAUCCAGGGCCGCCGAUACCCCUGCCUUUGCCCAUCAGCCGUAGAAGAAUCACGGGGGAUUCAAGCCCGCCGCGCACCGGGGAGGAAUUAUCCACUGUGCAUUUGCUUUGAAAACAUCAUGAAGAUUACCUCCCAUCAUCUGAUGAUAACCGGUCUCGCUAUCAGGUUCAACCUCAGGCUGAUCCCGCUUCUGCUGCUGUUUCUUGGAUACACUCGCGGGAUGCCGCACGUUCUAAGAUUUGGGGGAAUUUUUGAAUCCAUUGAGAGUGGCCCCUCCGGAGCAGAGGAACUAGCCUUCAAAUUUGCUCUGAACACAAUCAACAGGAACCGCACAUUGCUCCCGAACACCACACUGACCUAUGACAUCCAGAGAAUAAAUAUCUUCGAUAGCUUUGAGGCCUCCCGAAAAGCAUGUGACCAGCUUUCUCUUGGAGUGGCAGCCAUUUUUGGCCCCUCACACAGCUCUUCUGCCAAUGCAGUCCAGUCCAUCUGCAACGCUUUGGGAGUGCCCCACAUCCAGACCAAAUGGAAGCAUCAAGUGUCUGACAACAGAGACUCAUACUAUGUCAGCCUGUAUCCUGACUUCUCCUCCCUCAGCAGAGCCAUCCUCGACCUGGUGCACUUCUUCAAGUGGAGAACUGUCACUGUGGUCUAUGACGACAGCACAGGUACAGGUCUCAUUCGACUGCAGGAGCUGAUCAAGGCUCCGUCACGAUACAACAUUCGUUUGAAGAUCCGUCAGCUGCCCACAGAGACCAAGGACGCCAAGCCACUUUUGAAGGAGAUGAAGAAGGCAAAGGAGUUUCAUGUCAUCUUUGAUUGUGGACACGAGAUGGCUGCCUGGAUUCUGAAACAGGCUCUGGCCAUGGGUAUGAUGACUGAGUACUACCAUUACAUUUUUACUACUCUGGACCUUUUUGCCCUCGAUAUGGAACCGUAUCGCUACAGUGGAGUUAACAUGACUGGGUUUCGCAUUCUCAACACGGAAAACUCUCAGGUGUCAUCAAUCAUCGAGAAGUGGUCAAUGGAGCGGCUACAAGCCCCACCCAAACCAGACUCAGGCCUGCUGGAUGGAUUCAUGACAACGGACGCAGCUCUGAUGUACGACGCAGUGCAUGUGGUGGCGGUGGCAGUGCAGCAGUCGCAGCAAAUCACCGUCAGCUCUCUGCAGUGUAAUCGCCACAAGCCGUGGCGCUUUGGAGGUCGUUUCAUAAACCUUAUCAAAGAGGCUCACUGGGAUGGUUUGACGGGACGUGUUCUAUUCAACAAGACCAAUGGGCUCAGAACAGAUUUUGAUCUAGACGUCAUCAGCCUGAAGGAGGAAGGGCUGGAAAAGAUUGGAACGUGGGAUCCUCCCAGCGGUCUAAAUAUGACAGAGACUCACAAAAGCAAGACAUCCAACAUCACUGACUCCCUGGCAAACAAAUCCCUGCGUGUAUCCACCAUUCUGGAGGAGCCGUAUGUGAUGUUCAAGAAAUCGGACAAGCCUCUAUAUGGGAAUGACCGCUUUGAGGGGUACUGUAUUGACUUGUUGAGGGAACUCUCCGGUAUCCUCGGGUUUCGCUACGAGGUGCGAUUAGUGGAAGAUGGGAAGUAUGGUUCAUUGGACGAGGGUACAGGCCAGUGGAACGGCAUGGUGCGGGAGCUCAUGGACCAUAAAGCAGACCUUGCUGUUGCUCCGCUGGCCAUCACCUACGUCAGGGAGAAGGUCAUUGACUUCUCAAAGCCCUUCAUGACUCUGGGGAUAAGUAUCCUAUACCGCAAGCCCAACGGCACCAAUCCGGGGGUCUUCUCUUUCCUCAACCCGCUCUCACCGGAUAUCUGGAUGUAUAUUCUGCUGGCUUGCUUGGGUGUCAGUUGUGUGCUGUUUGUCAUAGCCAGGUUUAGCCCUUAUGAGUGGUACAACCCGCAUCCAUGCAACCCAGACUCCGAUGUAGUGGAAAACAAUUUCACACUGCUCAAUAGUUUCUGGUUUGGAGUUGGGGCUCUCAUGCAGCAAGGCUCAGAGCUCAUGCCCAAGGCCCUGUCAACUCGAAUAGUCGGAGGCAUCUGGUGGUUUUUUACCCUCAUCAUCAUUUCGUCAUACACAGCCAACUUAGCGGCUUUCCUCACUGUGGAGAGAAUGGAGUCGCCGAUAGACUCUGCCGAUGACCUGGCUAAGCAAACGAAAAUCUUGUACGGACUGGUUGAGGACGGUGCCACCAUGACAUUCUUCAAGAAGACAAAGAUCUCUACGUAUGAUAAGAUGUGGGAGUUCAUGAACAGCAGGAGGCAGUCUGUGAUGGUGAAGAGUGUGGAGGAGGGCAUCCAACGUGUUUUGACCUCUGAUUACGCUUUCCUUAUGGAGUCCACCACUAUUGAGUUUGUCACCCAACGCAACUGCAACCUCACACAGAUUGGAGGCCUCAUAGACUCCAAGGCGUAUGGAGUAGGAACACCUAUGGGCUCUCCAUACAGAGACAAGAUCACAAUAGCUAUUCUUCAGCUCCAAGAGGAAGGGAAGCUGCACAUGAUGAAGGAGAAGUGGUGGAGGGGCAACGGCUGUCCAGAGGAGGAGAGCAAAGAGGCGAGCGCUCUUGGAGUGCAGAACAUCGGGGGGAUCUUCAUCGUGCUGGCCGCAGGGCUGGUGCUUUCUGUGUUUGUUGCCGUGGGGGAGGUCCUUUACAAGUCCAAGCAGAACGCCCAACUGGAAAAGCGAUCAUUCUGCAGUGCUAUGAUGGAUGAGCUGCGUGUUUCUCUGAAGUGCCAACGUCGUCUCAAACAAAAGCCUCAGCCGCCCGCCAUCGUCAAGACAGAGGAGGUCAUUAACAUGCACACGUUCAACGACAGGAGACUCCCAGGAAAGGAAACCAUGGCAUGAAAACUGACAACGCCCUGAAACAUUCCCCUCAAUUAAAAUCACCGAGGGGAGACAGGGGUCAAAUUAACGCAGACUAGACCAGGGGCUGAGGUUAGCAGUAACAACAGGAUUUCUUUUUGAACCAACAUGCUUAUGUAGACCGAUGUUUCCUGUGGAAAUACAGAUACUUGAGAAGUGUCACCUCACUGUGACCAUUACUUUUUGAAGGGAACUGGAAACGGCGGACUCUCUCCCAGGCUGGGCGGGUGACACGCGUAAACCUCAAAACGGAUUCAAGCAGGUUUGGGACAAAAGCGUUUGCUGGUUCACACCGGAAGUGGAUUUAAACACAAACACACAUGUAUACACAGACACGCAUACUGUCGUUUCACACUCUUUACUGCUGUGCAUAAGGGAGGACUCAGUUCGAACGAUGAAUUUGGUUGUAGUUUUUCUGUUGUUGUCAAUGCCCUUUGUCUUACUUCCAUGUCUGUGGCCCCUUCCUUCAGUGGCUUGAGUUUCUCUUCAAUCAUUUAAAGCAAACACUAAUUUCAUACCAAAAAAUUAAAAAGUAGUCAACACCAUCUGGGUUAUUAUGAACUGAUGUAUAAAAGUGAUAAUUAGUUUGGAAUCAUCUAUGCUGAUCUUGUCAAAUACUGUCAUUUUCUUCGAUAUGUGCCAAAGUUCUGCCAUUGUGAAGAACUUCCUACCACGCCUGUUUCUGUUUUGACGCCUCUAGAAGCAAUGUAAUCUGUCAAGCUCCUGACUCAUGUCGCCCUUAAACACUGUCAACGGUUUUCACUCUGUAUCGGUUGUUGUUUAAAAGGUGGAAUUUCUACAAAAGUGUUCGUUUUUGUACAAGAACAACGAAGUUUUGUAGUACUUUGUAUCAUAUAGUAGCCCCUCCCGUGGACAAAAUAUGUAGCAGAUAUCAACUCAGCCCUCGGACUCUUGACAACAAAGCUUCAGGCUCUGCUGUGUGGAGUACAUUGCUUUCAUCAAUCUGCGAUUCAGUCUUUUGUCUGCCACUCUCACGGGGGCCAGCGGUACAUACUGUUUGGGGACAAUGUAGUGGAUUUUGGUUGGGGAGAGCAAUAGAAUUGUAAAUGAAGAGUUCACAAAGUAGGCAAAGGCGGUGAUUCAUGCUGAAAAAUUCAGCUCUUGUCCUAUCAGCAGAGAGAGUGGGUAAAUAACAGUAGCUAUGAUGAAUCACCAUGAAAGACAUGGUAAAACAUGCAAAUGUUGCUUUUGUGGAAUAUAAAUACAGCCGUAGUUUUGUAGAUCUGUUGUACUACAAUGACAUUCUUUUUUUUUUAAUGGUAUGUCCUAAAAGUUUUAUUUUUUAAACUAGUGGUACUAAUAGGUUUGACAUAUGCGUAUCAGAGACUUGAACAUAAAAAGUACUUUGCUUAAAUAACAAAUUAUAUGGACAGACACAAUUAAAAUACUUAUUUUAAAAGCUUUUCAUCAAUGAAAAUCUGUUUUUAGUUAUUAUAUAGUGUAUAUACUGCAAAUAUUUCUGACUUAGUUUGAAAAUUAUCACUUUUAGGACUCAUAUUUAGUGGCAUCUCAAUAAAUUAUAAUAUCAUUGAAAAGUUAAUGAAUGUGGCUUACAGCUAAACCAAAGAUCAGCUUCUCGUGAAAUUUGAAUACUACAUAAAACACACUUAGCUGUCCAUUGAUACACCUGCAUGCAGCACUCUCUGAAUAUCCAGUUUGUUUAGCAAGUACCUUUGGUAGCUUCGUGUGCAGGAUGUCACUGAGUGUUUGUUUGACGACUGUCAAGUCCUUAAUCUAUCCCAUGAUUUCACAACAUUUCUGUAUUUCAAAAGGCUUUUUUCAUACUCUGAUGAGAUCCCCAAGGUUUUUCUGAGAAACACAAUUUUGGAUGUCAUUAGCUGUAAGCCAUAAUCACAAAAUUACCAGAAAUAAACACUUGAAACAUAUUAGUCUCUGUGUAAUGAAUGUGUAAGAUGUGUCUCUCGCUUUUUUUAAAAUGUAGAAUUGCAAAUGAAUUCACUUUUCAGCGAUAAUCUAACUUACUGAGAUGCACCUGUAAGUGACCUCAAAAGUGGGCCGUAAUGAUAGGGGUGUGAGUUGUAUGAAUGUUGAAAACAGUGCAGCUGCAGUCAAUCGGAUGGCGGGUAUAAUCAGGAGCUGCGAGGCGCUUGUAUGUUGGAUAGUAAAUGUCCCACCUUAGCUCAAAAACCGGGCUGUGCUUCACUCAUCUUUCCUCGAGUGGGCUUCAUCAUCUUGAGAGCUUGAUGUUGAUGAUAGCUUGUGGGCUGAGCAAAAUCAUUUAUCCGCUAAUUGUCUCCAGAUGUGUGUUAUCUUCAUGACCUAACACAAGCGCAUUUGGUGCAACAACUCUUCCUGUCUGGUAACUCUGUUCCCUGUUGUGAAAUGACAAGCACACUCGGUAGGUUACUGCUCCCGCUGCCCCCGUCUUGACCCGUUUGUUCAAUUCAUCUGGCAUUACAGGUGUUAGAAGACACUAACGCCCACGCGCGACCCUCUAAUCAUCAUACAUUCAUGGGUUAAUUUAAUUAUAUAAAAAUUGACACGAGGGUUUAUGUAUGUAAGCUUUUGGUGAUCUACUAGUGUUGCUUGUCAUUUUCCAUAUAGCUAUAUCUAGUGGUGCAAACUAAUUGAAUUUCUGAAAACAAUCUUCAAUUGAUUCCAAAGGCUUAGCGGUGAAAUAAAGAUAAUAAAAAAAAUUUAAAAAAAGCAAUGUGAGCUCAUGGAGUUUAACAUUGAUGCAAGGUUUUACAAAAACUGUCAUUAAAAAUGUCAUAACUGUAGCUCUGCCUCAUAUUUUUCUGCACAACUCAAGGUAGUCUUUGGAAACAGAUGUACUUUGCAAAAGUUUUUUUUAUAAUUGCUGUGACUUUCUGGUGUGUUUCCACAUCGUUACGAAGUAGCCUGUCGUUAAUUUGUUUUUGAUAAUUAAGGUAGAAUCAACCAAAUAGUCACUCUUUUGAACUGUGGGAGGAAGCUGAAGCCCCAGGAGAGAAUCCACACAUUCACGGGUAGAACGUGCAAACUCCAUGCAGAAGAACCACAACCUGGAAUCUGAACCCAGAACUUUCUUGUUGUGAGGUAAAAAUGCGUUUGUGCCUCCAUGUAACUGUGUAUAUACUAAGUUAUCUUAAUUCAGUAAUCCUACUUGUUUAUGUCAAAAAAAAAAAAUGAAGUCUUGUUUUAAGCAUAUACUGCACAAUGUGUGUGGGACAAAGAAAGAGCAACACAUGAGAAAUGAAGCAGGUAAAAUCUAAAAAAUAAUUCUAAAAAACUGUUAGUUCAUUUGACUAUCAAGUCUUAAAAGAUUGCAAAAAAUUGUCUUUUUGUCUCUUAAGUCUUCAGACAAUUUGUAACUAGCAACUUGAGGCAAAGACAACUGAAUCAUAUUUUCUUUGUUGAAUCCAUAAAAAACUAGAUUUUAACACCAACAAACUGCUUAUCAAGAGCUAUAAAUUGAAAAUCUGACUUCUUCUGGCUAACCUGAAGAAAGAAAUGUUUUUCAUAAUUAUAUUUGUUUUUUUUUUAUUAUUUUCUGAAAUAUACACAGCAUUUCAACAUAGGAUACAAUGCCUUUCCACAAACCCUUCAUCAGGAUUAUUUUGGUGAUGGAUCCAACAGAGUAGUGCGAUUGCUGUAAAUCAGAAGAAAAGUACAGGAACAUUUUGACAUCUAACAACAUUAAAACCAUUGCAUGUUUUUGUUUUGAGACAUCAAUAUGAUGUAGAAUCUCCCGCUGAACUUAAAAGUCCUUUAGCUAGGCCACUACUGACUUUACCCGUGUAAAACUGGCAUUCUGCCUACCCCUUUAUUGUAAAAUAAUUCAAGAUCAAUGAGGAGCAGAGCAGUAUGUCAACAUCAAUGCUCAAGUCUUUUCACAGAUCCUCAAGUGGCCAUUGCUCUGGACGUUGAGUGGGCAAUUCUAAUAGUGGGCGAUUAAUAAGUUUAAUUCAAGCCACUCCACCCUUUUUGCUGGCUGAAUGUUUAGUAACUGCUCAUUUGGAAGGGGAAGUUCUCCCUCUCCACCCUCGUCCAAGUCUCAAGUGUUUUCCAUCUUCUGACAGGUUUUCUUUCAGAAAGGCCAAGUAUUUAUCUUCAGCAUCUUCCCACUAACUCUCACCAGUUGGUGGGAAGAUGUUGAAUAAAAACAUCCGCACAGGAUGAUGCAGCCAACAUCAUAUUUCACAAUGGGAAAGGUAUUUACAGGGUUUUAAUUUUUCAUCAGACAAAACACUUUGCUUAAAGAAAAAGCUCAAAAAAUCUUAGAAAAGUCUUAACUGUACAGGAAAAAUUCUUCCUUGUUCUUGUUUUACGCCCUACAUGUAAAAUAUGAAAAAUUGCACAGAGAAAUAUUUAAGGCUUUCUUUUGAUCACAGAUUUCUUCAAAUUUGUGGAGCACAUGACAAGUACAUUUGGCGGAUGAUCCCACCAGAGCUGUUGCUCCUCCAGAGUUACCAUGCCUGCUUCUCUUAUUGAAUGAUUCAGACUGAGUUAACUGACAUGUCAAAACAUGAAGUGCUUUUUUUAUGAUAAAAAUGCUUUAAACCUGCAAUUUGAUUCCUGAUCUGCCUGGUUUGUUAUUUUGGUUUUUAAGAUGCUGUUUUACAAGGUUCUGAAUAUAAAUGGAAGCUAUGCUUUUAUGGUUUAUCAUUUCAAAAAUAUCUAAAGUAUAAUUUUACUUCUGCAGCACAACCAAGGGCAUAAAACCCUGAUUGAAUUGCAUUUAAUUUCACAGUUUUAAAGUGAUAACAGGUGUGUUUCUUUUAGCCUGGCAUGUUAAUCUGUCAUUAAAUUAUGUUGUUUAUUUCUAA